AUGCGUCAAUUCUCGUGGACCGCGGCGUUGGCCGCCCUGUUCUCCUUGGGAAGUGUGGAAGGCUCUAUGCCUGCGAUUCCGAUCCCUCAGGAAACCCCAAUCGGGUUGAUGGCUGCUGUUGGCAUGUCUCCAAGACCAACAGACCCGCCAGGUGUACCGGCUGGCUUUCCUCGCGAGUUGGUGCCCCGGCAGCGGAGGUCUUCCUUACCCUUCCCACCUCCGGGGUAUUACUGUGGUUUAGUUGAUGGCGACACUGAUAACUUGCUAACCUGUGUCAACGCUCGGGCAAAUUGUGUUCAUCAGGGCACCGCAAUUGGGUGCUGCAUCAGCAGCGAAAUCUCCGAGUGCACUAACAUCCCGUCCAGCUGUAUCAACUAUGGCGAGUCGUGCGACGAUGCUUGCAAGAGGAACAGAAGGAUUUUGAAAUGUACCACGACCACCGAGCCAUACUGUGGAACAUACUUUUUUGGCGGUGGAUCGCAACUAUUUGGCUGUCGUUCGUAUGCUUCGGUUACCUCUCAGGUACAGCAACUCCGCGAUUACUACGCGUCAGCCUUGGGGUCCGACUUCACAACACUGCCAGCAGCGUCAAACAUUCUACCUUCCGCCAACCCCAAUGGCCCUCCGAGUCCCAACACAUCCGAGGACCCCAUGCCCACCUUUCCUGGAUUUCCCGAAUCGUCUACCAAUCCCAAUUCGCCUGGCACAACCCCCUCGCCACCACCACCACAACAACCACCUUCUGGCGGUGACGGCGACGAUGGUGAUGACGGCGGCGACGGCGGGAACAAGAAAAGCAAGCUUUCAGGCGGCGCCAUCGGCGGUAUUGUUGUCGGUGCUUGUGCCGGCGUUGGAGCCCUUGCGGCGUUCCUUGUCUGGUUUUUCUGUGUGAAGAAGAAGCGUGAUGAAAACAAUGGCAAUGCUGCCCCUGUCGCGCAUCCUCCCGUUAUGCAUGGCCCCCCACCACCAGGACCCCACGACGCGUACGGCCACCAGCCAAACCCGGCCGCAGGCUACUAUGCACCUGUACCACAAGACAACAAACCACUUGACGGCACUCAGCCUCCUUCAUACGGCUACGACAAACCACCGCAGCCCAACAUGGCUGAAAUGCCUGCUCCAGGCGGCUUACAACCUCAGCCGCCUAUGCAACCCCAGGGCCAGGCUGCUGAUUAUUAUAACCAACGCACAAGCAUGGGCCCACCAAGUCCACUCAGCGCGGGUGGAACGAGCCCCGGAAGUCCAAACGGGAUGCAUCCAACGCAUACUGGCCCCGUGCCUGAACAGAUUUAUGAAAUGGGCUCUGGGAGAUAA